AUAAAAAUCAAAUAGAAUCAUAAUAUGAAUUAAUUUAAAUAUCUAAUAUUGAUAAUUGCUAUAUUUAUGAUUAAUAUUGAAACAACGCAAGCUGUUGGAUCAGAUCCUUUGUUUAUCAUUAAUUUGGAUCUCCCUCAUCUCGAAAGAUGGAGAGAAAUUAUGGGUGUUAAAGGCUAAAUUUUGAAAGAAUUUGCUUACAAAUACAAAUAACACGUAAAUAUUUCAGAAGAUCUUGCUGAAUAAUUCUUAUCUUAUGGAAAGGCUCAUCCUGAAAUAGCAAAAAAUAUUGAGGCUAUAAGCACUCUUACUGGAAUUGAUUUACCCACUCUCUAUACAUUUAACUUUAUGUAUGAUUUAGAAAAUAUGGGAUGCACAUCUGUUAUUAUAAGACAACCUGAUAAUACACUCUUCCAUGCAAGAAAUUUAGAUUAUAGCUUUUAAGAAGAGAUUUCGAAAUUAGCUAUUUAAGCUCAAUGGACGAGAAAUGGUUAAAUCAUAUACAAAAGUGAAACUUUAGUAGGAUUUGUUUCUCUCAUUACAGUUACAAAAGUAGGAUAAUUUUCAAUCAGUAUUAACUAUCGUACAAGUGAUUCAAUAUAAAAGAAUAUUGAUGCUCUUAUCAAAGAUCACUAUUACCAAGGAAUCUAUCUUCCAUAAAUUGCAGUUGAUUAAGCUAACAAUUUUGAUGAAGCUGUUUAAAUACUUAAAACUGUCAAUGUUUCUUCUCCAAUUUAUUUUAUUGUCUCAGGUUUACAAGGAAACUAGGGAGUAGUAAUUGAAAGAAACAGAGAUAGUGUUUUAAAUGUGUAUACUUUGAGCGAAUCUGAUUGGUUUUUAGUCCAAACAAAUACUGAUAGAAGCAACACAAAAAUAAAAGAUUUCAGAUAUCGUGAAACUGUUAAAAAUAUUCAAGCGUUAGGCUAACAAAACUGCACAAAAGAAAAUAUCCUUAAUAAAGUUAUGGGUGUUUUCCCUGCUAAUAACAAACUUACCAUAUCAACAAGUGUCUAUUCUGCUUAUGAUGGAGAUUUUAUUUCAAGAAACUACUUAAUUGAUGAUCAAGCAAUUCAAUAAUCAUUAUUAAGAGAAUAAAUCAGUUCAUCUUUAAGUAAUGGAAGUAUAAUAUAAAAUUUACUUUUCCUUACCUUCAUAUUGUGCUUUAGUUUAUAUUGAGUAACUUAAAACUUUAUAAAUAUAACAUUUACAAUUAUA